GCAUCAGAACAUCUGCGCACGUUGUGCAUGCAGAACAUGGUGUGGAGCUACUGCAAGAAGAUCAAUCCUGAGUGGAAACACCAGAUGAAGCAAAAAAUGAUCGCCAGUGAGAUAUUCAAGGACAAGAAGGACAACUACCCACAGAGCGUCCCCAAGCUGUUUGUCAACACCAGGCUCAAUGGAGAGGACCUCAACCCGAAGGUGGUUCAGGCUCUGGGGAGUGAUAAGAUGAAGUACGCAGUGCCAGUCACCAAGUACGACAGGAAGGGCUACAAGCCUCGCUCCCGCCAGCUGCUGCUCACCGCCAACAGUGCUGUCAUCAUCGAGGAGGGCAAACUCAAACAGCGCAUCAACUACGGAGACCUGAAAG